CUCGAGGCACAUGCUAGCACAACAAGUAGUGGCACGGGGAGCAGUGCAGCAAGUCAGCACGGCGGGGAGACUCCCAGCGGGCGAAUGCGCGUUGAAUCGACCGCAUCUGCUGGACAAUGGAAUACCAAUGAUGGAGGCGCCUCGCCGCAAUUCGCGAGCGCUCCAAAGCUGUCUCUUGCUCUUGGGGGCCCCAAGAGACAGAACUCACCAAGCACAACAUCACCGACGGUGCUUCCUGGCUAUCGCGAGUCGAUCUACGGCACACCCCAGCAAUCAACACCGUGGAGGGAUAAUUCACUUGACGAUAGCUUGGCCUCCCUUCAGCAGCUUAGCCGUCAAGCAAGUGGCGAACGCCGGCCCAGCUAUACCAGGUCUCCAUCCGACAAGCUGAACCUCACGGGCUCUGUCCAGCACGCGCACCGGACUGGCCACAGCAACCGUCCUCCUUUGCUGACGUCCGAGUCAACGUCGACGAACAGCACUGCCUCUUCGUCGGCAUAUUUCACUCCCCGGACACCAAUGGAACCGCCUCUUGAACGGGCUCUGUCAAUUCCGGCGCUGUAUCCUCAAAAAUCAAACGGCAGUUUCGAACACCAACUUCCCCCCAUCAGGCCACCAUCUUUAUCUCCUCGAUCGACGUAUGGCGCUCAGCAAUCCCCGAACGCUGUUGUUUUGGUUGUUGAAAGUGCUGAUUCGUUGCUAGGUAUUCAUCCUCUGAUGGAUUUUCCCUCAUCAAUGGCACCACUCCGUAGCUACAGCGCAACAGCUCCGCAAAAUGUUCCUCAUGAUGCGCAAUCUGAUGCUAGACACCGGGACUUAAUGUCCUCGAGUUGCGCAGAUGACAACAUCCUGGAUCCAGUCAGCGCACUGCUACGGGCGGGAGAAAUAGUGAAUCAAAAUAGCAGAGACCGCUCAGUAUACGCAAGACAAGGUCUUUGGGAAGAACAUACUUGUCAACGGUGUUUUGGAAUAGGAGAGAUCAUCUUGGGUGGCGCGAAUUGUGCAUUUGGCGCUUGGAGUUUAUGAAUGGAGGUUCGCGCAACGGCAUGAUUGAAUGAUGAUUCCCCAGACUUGUUACCACCCUCUCCAGCGUUUUGGGACCAUUGGACAGCAGUAAUUUGCGCUGCAUGUAUGGAUUGGAAGUGCUUACCGCCCCCGUGGAAGAGGUUACGAAAGACAAGAAUGAAAGCAUUUAUCGGUUCACAAGCAUCAAGAUUUCUUUGCGACUCGUUAAGUGCGUGACGGAAUUGUAGAUGUAGAGGUGGGGAGUCGGGCUUCGCUCCGACAGCAACCUUUUAAUACUCACAAGCAAUGCUGGGAAUUGAUGUUUGCGGGAUGAG